CGAUUUCGCACCAUCGGUUCGCGAUUUUGUGUGCCCCGGGUGGGAGUCUCUCGCAGCCGGAAGCGUGCGUCGCCGGAAGUCAACUCUGACGUAGUAGGUCGAGCGAGGAAGCGUACACUUCCAUUUUCUCGAGCCUCACGACGAAGGAACACGUGCUUCGUUGCCGGUUGCCGCGGACACGCAUUUUGCGCUCGUGCGAGAAAUCGCCGUGGGUGAUUUCUCUUUCAAGCGACUCUUCUACGCCUCUCCGUCGCCUCUCACCGUCCUCGACACACGACAAGGAAGUUUAAAGGAUGAAUCCCGAGAAGCUCAAGAAGCUGCAGGCCCAGGUGCGAAUCGGCGGCAAGGGUACACCCCGACGCAAGAAGAAGAACGAUCAUGCUACAUGGAUUUUAAUCCAAUAUAUUGAAAAGGAAGGAAGUAACGUAUGCACACAGUAUAUGGAAACAGUGUUAAGUAAAGUUGUACAUGCAACUGCUGCCACAGAUGAUAAAAAGUUACAGAGUUGCUUAAAGAAGCUUUCUGUAAAUACAAUCCCAGGCAUAGAAGAAGUAAAUAUGAUCAAAGAUGACGGAACAGUGAUUCACUUCAAUAAUCCAAAAGCUCAGGCCAGUUUGUCUGCUAACACAUUUGCCAUCACUGGCCAUGGAGAAAAUAAACAGAUAACAGAGAUGUUACCAGGAAUAUUGAGUCAACUUGGUCCCGAGGGUCUGACACAGCUGAAACGAUUAGCUAGUACGGUUGCUGGCAGUGCGGUCGGUAAAGCCACAUUGGAAGAGGAUGAUGAGGUGCCUGAUUUAGUGGAGAACUUUGAUGAAGCCAGCAAAGAGGAGGUUGCUCCAAAAAAGAAGUAGAUGAAAAUGAUAAACCCAAUGGCGAGAAGAAAGAUGCCAUUAUUAUUGAAGAGAAGAAAGAAGCUCCAUUAGCUACAUCUGAGGCUUAAAGAAAAGAUUAUUGAGAUGUUUCAUACAACAGUUAAAGUUGUAAUUGAUGAGUCGAGAAGCGCGAGUUGCAAAAGCAAUGAAGCAUAACUAUACAUACGUUAUAGAUACUUGACAUAAACCCUAUGAUACUUGAUACUAUAAGUAACAGUUGACAAGAAAUAAAUAAGCUGUUACAAAAAUCAAAAAGAUUUUCCAACGAUAUUAUUUUAUUAUUUUGGUGCUACCACUAAAGAUAAUCUUUGCUUCGAAUUUAGAGAUGUUCUCAUUCAUCCCCGAAUUAAUAUCGUGUGACGCUUUAACUGUUUAAAAUGUCAAUGCGACUUGAGCCUGUAGCUCAAUCACAGAAUUAUAACAAAGAUCUAAUAUGCUAUAAAUUUGUUAUUAAUACAAUGAUAGAAAUGCAUGUGCAAACUUCUUUUUUUCAGAAAUUACAUUGAAUUUUAUGUAAUUA